CCUUUGAACCCAUUGUUGUGCGCCGGCGUGACGUCAGCGCCGCGUGCUGGAGCGAGCGUGGCGCGCGUCUGCACGCAGACAGACAAAGACGGCGAACCGGAGGAGCAGGAGAGAGCACGUUAUUCCCCUCCAGUGCAACACGCGUAAAAACGCCCCGAGAAUAUGAGCGCACCGCUCGAGCGAGAGAAGCCGUGAUUUUAGCGCAAGCUGGCGUUUGAUUUUUUUUUACCUCGAGCGCUUUUAUAAAACCAACGCUUUUCUCCAACUCCCCCUUAAUAACAACUAGCAGCUCCGCUAGCGGUUAGCCAUCAUCAUCUUCACAGCCUUCCAGCAAACCCCAGAAAAAGAGCGCCUGGAGGAAUUAAGAAAGCGCGCUUGCUUUGUUGGCUGAUGCACACACGGGCGCUAUUAUGCCUAGCCCCCUGUUUCACCCUGACAUCAUGGAUCACGAUAUGGUAGUGAGCACCACCGGGCAAUCCAACGGGGUCAGUCUGCCCCCCGCCCGGGACACGGAUAAGGAGUCCCGGGACGAAGACCAUCAGGAGGCACUGCUCUUUGCUUUGGAUCAGCUGUCACGCAUGGCGCUCGAGAAGGUCGAUUGUCUGGACGGGGCAACGGGAAGCGAGAACUGUAACGGAGGCGGCGGUUACAUCGACUUGCAGAUGCUCGAGCACACGAACGGCUCGCGAGAAUCGCCCGGCUCGUGCUCGCCAUCUCCGGAGUAUUACGGUUCGGGGGGCAGCGGCGGGUACCACAUGGCCGGCUCGCACGCCAUCCUCGCGGAUCAAAGCUCGAUGCUUCGGAAGAGGAGCGUCAACAUGACCGAGUGCGUACCCGUGCCCACGUCGGAACAUGUGGCGGAAAUUGUCGGGAGACAGGGUUGCAAGAUCAAAGCUUUGAGAGCAAAAACAAACACUUACAUCAAGACCCCUGUGAGAGGAGAAGACCCCGUGUUCAUCGUAACAGGCAGGCGUGAAGAUGUGGAAAUGGCCAAGCGAGAGAUCAUUUCUGCAGCCGAGCACUUCUCCAUGAUACGCGCCUCGCGCUGUAAAGCAGGCGGAAGUGGUCCCAGUUCGGGCGGAUCUCUUCCCGGACCUCCAAACCUGCCGGGGCAGACCACCAUCCAGGUGCGAGUUCCGUAUAGAGUUGUCGGUCUGGUGGUGGGUCCCAAAGGAGCCACUAUCAAGCGCAUCCAGCAGCAGACGCACACUUACAUCGUCACGCCCAGUCGUGAGAAAGACCCUGUGUUUGAGGUGACCGGAAUGCCAGAGAAUGUGGACCGUGCCCGAGAGGAGAUCGAAACGCACAUCACACUCCGCACGGGCGCCUUUGUGGAUCUCCAAGGCGACAACGACUUCCACAACAAUGGCACAGACGUCAGCCUAGAGGGCCUGGGAUCACUGGGUCUGGGGGGCACGCUGUGGUCUCGUACCAGCCACUCUGCACCUCCUCCUCCUCCUGCCACCCACCACCACUCCACUCGUAAGAUGUCAUCCGCAUCCUACUCCAACGGCGCGCUGAGUUCAGAAACAUUCUCUGCAUCGCGCCGGGCGACAGAUAGCGGGAGUCCCACCAGCCCUUUCAGCACAAGCAGUGCCGGUGGCAGUUUCUCUUUUGGGGGAGAUUCCACCCCCGGCCUCGCCGGUACCAUGGAAGACAUCGGGUUUGAGUUAACCGGCGGUAACAUCUGGGCUCCCUUCGUCAACGGCAGCAAGCAGCAGCCUAAGCUUAGGCGCAACAGCAGCGGCCUCAGCGGGGGCGCUGUGACCCCGCGCCUGUCACCCACCCUGCCCUCUGACGUGCCUGGCAUCGAUCACCCGCUGGCACGCCGGGCGCAGAGUGACCCCCUCAGCGCCAUCUCCUGGCUGCAGGCGGGCGGCGGCUCCUUCUCAGGUGGCAGUAGCAGCAGCGGCGGAAGCUCAACCGGUUACUCAUCCUGCUCGGCCUCAUCACUUCCUGGUGGCUCACCCACUGACUCCGAGGGAGGAGGCAGUGGCGUGGCCAUGGCGACUUCCAUGCUGGGCCGGCUGAAAGCGGGCGUGGUGCCCUGCGGAAGCAGGGACUGUUUUGUGUGCUGCGAGAGCGAGGUGACUGCCGCAUUGGUUCCCUGCGGGCAUAACCUCUUCUGCAUGGAUUGCGCCGGUCAGAUAUGCCAGUCGCAAGAGGCAGAGUGUCCCGUGUGCCGCACCCCUGCCACUCAGUGCAUCCGAAUCUUCUCUUAAUACCCCUGUUAAAGACUGCCUUCAUAGGAUUGACAGUGAUUAUUAGAUGACACUAUUCUGAUUUAUUGACUAUAAUAUUAAUAAUAACUCUGAAAGUAAUGAUAUUACAAGCGUCUCAAGUACUUUUUUUUCUUGGAACUGAGGAUCAAACAGUGUCUUAUCUUUGGCCCUUCACCUUCAUUCGCUUGAACUGUUCAACGGUUAUUUCUCCAUGAUGCUUCCAGAUGACCGUUGCCUGUUUUUUUUUGCCUGCGACUCUUUCUACUCAGAUUUUACACUUGCAUAAGACUGCACUUUUUAUCUAAUGUCUGGUUUUGUUAGAAGGUUGGUGAUGCAGUUGUUUUUUAAAUUAUUUUUUUAUAAAAUCUUGUGUUGCCGUUUU